AUGGUCAACUUCGGAUCAAAGCUGUAUCAUUUCAUAUCGCCGUCAGCAAAUAAGGGCGAAGACGGUCGCGAUGUUUGGGGCUCCCGACUUUCCUUCAUCUUCGCCGCGAUGGGCGGGGCUGUCGGCCUAGGAAACCUUCUGCGCUUCCCAUCAAUCGUCUACAACAAUCAUGGCCUACAGUUCUUCAUCCCAUACCUCAUUUCGCUCCUCUGUCUCGCCAUCCCGACUUUACUCCUCGAGAUAGCCAUCGGAGUCGGAUUUGGUGUUGUAUACAUUGGCUACGCUGUGUGCGUCUACUAUGUCCCUAUUAUCGCCUGGAUCAUGUCCUACUUCCGCCACUCGUUCAUCAGUCCUCUCCCUUGGACCGGGAGGAAUGAAGACUUUUUCUACGGCGAUGUCCUCCAAAAUGUGGACCCUAUCGCAGGCAACUUGACUGCUGAUGGAUCGGCCGUUCAAGACUAUUCAGAAUAUCCAGGCAUGGGUAUGAACACUGAGAUUACACUUUGGAACCUAUUUACCUGGUUCAUCGUCUGGCUCUGCAUGUACAAAGGUGUAGGCCUGAUGGGUCGCGUCGUGUACUUCACCAUGGCAAUGCCAAUCAUUCUCAUGAUUGUGCUUAUCGGACGAGGCUGCUCUUUGCCCAAUGCAAUCGACGGCAUCCGUAUCUACUGGACCGAGUGGCAUGGAAGCAAGCUGGCCUCAGGUACGAUCUGGCAAGAGGCUUGUGGUCAGGUCUUCUUUUCUACAGGAAUUGGCAUGGGAUACUACACCUCUUUCGCCUCGUACAACCAGAAGUACUCCAACGCCGUACAAGACGCCCUUAUCAUUUGCAUCUGCAACUCCUUAAUCGAGAUCCUGGGCUCCUUGUCCGUCUUCGGUGUCGUCGGCUACCUCGGAAUGCACCCGGAUACUGGCGACAGACUUAAUACCUUUGUCGUUGGCUUUCUUACAUACCCAGAGGCCAUUGCCGAGAUGCCGGGCGCCAACUUUUGGGGCGUGCUUUUCUUCGCAACUCUCUUCAUCCUCGGUCUAGGCUCUGCAUUCGCCCUCCUCGAGACCCUUGUCACUAUGGUCUGCGACACGGAUUGGGGCCAGAAGUACCCUCGCCCUUACGUGUCAACCGGCAUUAUCAUCGUCUCAUUUCUGAUUUCACUACCGUUUUGCACCGAAUUCGGGUACUUUCUAGUCGACGCAGCCGAUACCUGGAUCAACUACCUUGCCCUCUUUUGGAUAGUAUGGUGCGAGGCUGUGUGCGCCACAACUCUUUACCGAUAUCGCGAUGUCGUCGAUCAGUGUGGCCUAAUCUCGUGGUCUCUCUACAACAUAUUUGGCUACAUCGGAGGCACCGUAAUAGGACUCAUUGUCGCUCAUGCCGUGUCUCCCCAAGCGGGUGCUGGCGUUGGAUUUGGCAUGUUCAUAGCUGGAACGGUCGCUGCCGUGGCUUUCGCCAAAGACCCUGGAGCCUAUUGUCCCAAGUUUUUCAACAAAAACGGUAUGAUGCGCAAGUUCUGGUAUCUUACUUCGUAUUCGGGUAAUCAACUCCGGCGUGAUCUUAAUGCCACAAUUGUUACCGGUAGCCAGUGGAAGAUCCCUGCCAUCUGGGGCUUCGUCCUCAAAUACAAUACUGCACCUAUCGUCUCAAUCAUCUUUUCCUUCGCGUAUCCAAACUUUUACGCCAAGAAUCGCAUGGAUCCUCUCCACAUUGCUGGCUUCACGUUCAUGCAUAUCGUGUUGGUCGCAACGCUUGUGGGACUUAUCAUGCCCCGCUGGUUCAAUGUGCUUGUUCCAAAGGCUAAGGUGAUGGAAGGAAUAUACCCUAUUGCGCCGGGCGUCAUCUUCUCUAGGGCUAAUGCGGCGGGGACACUCGACAUUGACGGGGUGCCUCAGUCAACUGGAGGCUAUCAGGACUAUGCAGGCAGAAACAUGGAACAAAGUACCCGAGUCAAUGAUGGUAGCGACGAAAAGGUGGUAGAUGAGCGCCAACAAGUUGACCGAUCUUUGUCUCAGAGAUUGAGAUGA